GACGUGUCUCUCGCCGCGCGCCUGCCACCCUCUCUCAUCUCGCUGUCCCGCACCCCCUCGUACCGGACGCGCGGCGUCGCAUGCAGUUUUCUAACGGCUUCGUACACCUCCGACACCUUUGCUUCGUUUUGAACUCACAUUGUGUACACUAACUAAUAUUAAUCCACAAAAUAAUUAACAACCAACAACCAACAACAAACAUUCAUCAAGAUUAAACAUAAAAUUAUAAAUUAAAGAAGAAAAACUUUUAAUAUCAUCCGGGAAACUUGUGAAAAACUUUUAAAAUUUAAAUUUUAAUAUAAAAUCCAUGCUUAUGGGGAUAAUUUGCGCUUUGUAGAAGUUGCGUGGCGAGUUGAGGGUAGUUUUGUUCUUCCGGCGCGCGUUUUGGUUAGUUGUUUAUUUGCCGAUAACGGAUAAAGAUUUGUUUCGUCCGCUGCAACACCAACAAGCAAAUUAAUCAUGACAUUGGAUUUGACAUCAAAUGCUAACAGAAAAGGAAUAUGACAUCCGGGCGCGAUCCAGAGCAAGAAAACAAACCAAAAGUGAAAUUUAAAAUCGCAAUUAAUUAAAAAUAAAUAUAAAAACUAAAAAUAACACAAAAUAAAUUGAAUUAAUAAAUAUCUGCAUAAAAAUACGAAAAAUAAAAUAAAAUCACCGAAACAUGUCAAAACGUCUGAUCCUGAUUAUCGAUCUGGACACCAUAAUGCCGGGAAGCAGGAUGUCGUCGUCAACGCGCGACAACCUCGCGAAACAAGUAUGACGGCUGAAACAACACCCCACAACCAAAAGUCAAGAAAAACCAAAAGUUAACAUCCACAAACCUUAAAAAAACAAAUCAAAUCCAUUAACAACAAAAAAAUAAUUUUUUUAGAAAAUAAAAACAAAAAAUGUUUAAAAUACAAGCAAAAAUGUUCUUCUGGUUGUUGCUGUUGUUGGUGGUGGCAGCGCCUUCAACGCGCGGCCAAAGAAAAACCGGAAAAAUGUACGUGGCGAUUGCAGCGCCGCCUGGAGAGCCAAGUUUCAGUCGAGCUUUUAAUAAAACUCUUGCGAAUGUAACUGCUGGGUAUUUGCCGAUCCAUGCUGGCCGACAGGUGUACAACAUAACACUGGACACAAUCGUCGUGGAAUUGCCGGUGAAUGGCACUUUUAGCUCGGGUCUAUUGGAACGUCUCUGCGGACAACUCGAGGGCAAGCACGUCGUCGCCAUGUUGCUCAUCGGUGACACUCCGGCGGCUUUUACCGUCUCCCAGGCGGCUACCUAUGCUGGUAUUCCUGUGCUUUGGGCAAAGGAUCAAGGAUUUUUAACCGGAUUUAGUACUUCGGAAUCCUCAGCCCUGGAGAUGCACCUCGCGCCGACAAGCAGAGAGGUGGUGCAGGCGCUGCGCGGUGUCCUGCUGCAGGCGCACUGGCACACGUUCACGCUGCUCGCCGACCAGGCGGCGGUGAGCGCCCUCCAGCGCCCCGAGCUCUGGCAUCCGCUGGCCGCCGCGCCCCUCCACCCCACCCUUGUGCAGCUGCCGACUCCUUUGAGGGCUCAACAGAUAUUCAGGAAAUUGGCAGAUAUCUCCCGUUCGACACGUGGUGUAGUCGUCCUGAUGACAAACCGCCCGACAGCCAUCCGCAUCCUGGAGGAUGCCAAACGAUUAAACAUGCUCGACGGUCAUUUCGUCUGGAUUUGGAUUGACACAUAUACGCGCUCGUUGAAAAACCUCACCGAAACGCCCGACGAGCCGGACACACAACAGCAGCGAGUGCAGUUUUUUCGUCAGACGACCAACGCGCGAUUGAAACGUUCCGCUAACGAGCCGCCGCGUGAUUAUCUGUUGCGCAGCGAGCUGAGUGAUAUGAGUGUGAAUUAUUUAUUAAAAAACGAUCAGUUCCUUUUGUUCAAUCAUCGUGUAAAUGGCGUUGAAAGUUCUAAAAAAUCGCGGAAGCGCCCCGACGACGACAAAUCCAUCUACAGUGGUAGUGGUGGGGGUAAUAGUGGUGAUGUAAAAUCAAGAAGCAAGCGUUCCGCACAGCUGCCGGUCGGGUUGUUGAGUAUUCGACCGGUGCCGGUAAAAAUUGAUCGACAUCUUGUGAAGGGCACCGUGCGACUUGUGGUUUCGGCGUUACGGGUUGUCCUGGAACGUGAGCCAAAUUGGCUGGUGGAGAGCCUCGCGUAUGAUAAAAUGUUCACCAGCUGCUGGAGACCGCAGGGAACCAAGGAGAGGACUUUUACAACCAUGUUUGGAAGAGAGUUGAAGACGGUCUGCACGGACGCGCUGGCCGGGAAAAAACUAAUACAAGACAUUGGCGUUGACAAACUGGACAAAUCAUUAGUAGCAAACUUCGAGAUUCUGAAUUUAGUUCCUGAUCACACAUCGAAGGACAACGAUAUUGCUAACCCUAUUAAUGCUAAUGCUAAUAAUAAUACUAGUUCUUACAAUAGUAAUAAUUCAUCGGGAAACUCACAGGAUUACGAGGGUGAUAAUUUACGAUGGAAGCGGGUCGGCAUCGUCUCGGGGCGAGCAGUGCGCCUGGACACGAUCGUGUGGCCGGGAGGCGAUUUGUCAGUGGCGGCGUUGUCGACACGAGCGCGUACUGUGUUCCGCGUGGUGACUGCUCUCGCGCCUCCGUUCGUGAUGGAGUCCGAGCUGGACGAAGACGGACAGUGUCUUAGAGGCCUUCCUUGUCAUCGCGUGCUCACAGCGGACAAAGAUAACUUAACCCUAGUGUUCAACGAGAUGGAAUACAAGCACCGGUUGGAGGAGGAAGAAGAAAACGGGGCGGAUUAUGGACGAGGAGAUGAAACCCAGUCCAGGAUCAGGGGUGAUACGUCACCCUUUGAGAAGUUCAAGUAUCGCACAAGGUGUUGCUAUGGUUUAGCAAUGGAUCUGUUGGAGAACAUCGCGCAGGAGUUGGAAUUUGAUUUCCGGUUGUACAUCGUUGCUGAUGGUUUGUUUGGAAGCAACCAUGAUUCGGAAAACCCGGAAAAACGUGAAGUUGGUAAAAAAUUCCUUAGUUAUCGUUUCGGUAAAGAUGAAUCAGGUAGAUCCUAUCAAGAUGAGUUUGAUGAUGAUGAUACUGAUGUGCGAUGGAAUGGGAUUGUGGGUGACCUUGUUUCCGGGACGGCGCAUAUGUCUUUUGCUUCGUUGAGUGUCUCCAGCGCGAGGAGUGCGGUGAUCGACUACAGCGUGCCGUAUUUUUUUAGUGGAGUGUCUUUUAUUGCCGCCCCCCAGCAGAAAUCGGAGAUUCCACUGAUGGCUUUCCUCCUGCCAUUUUCUCCAGAGUUGUGGAUCGCCAUCUUUACCAGUUUGAAUAUCACCGCCAUUGCUGUGGCUAUUUAUGAAUGGUUGUCCCCGUUUGGGUUGAAUCCAUGGGGCCGUCAGAGGUCCAAAAAUUUCUCGAUGAGUUCAGCGUUGUGGGUUAUGUGGGGUUUGUUAUGUGGACAUCUCGUUGCUUUCAAAGCCCCAAAAAGUUGGCCCAAUAAAUUUCUAAUUAAUGUCUGGGGAGGGUUUUCGGUCAUCUUUGUAGCUAGCUAUACUGCUAACAUAGCUGCGUUGAUCGCUGGGUUGUUCUUUCAUAACACCGUCAGUAAUUAUCACGAUAGAAGUUUACUGAGUCAAAAAGUCGGAACACCGAAAUCCUCAGCUUCCGAAUUCUACGUCCAGAAAGCAAAUCGUCUGUUAUGGGAACACAUGCAUAAAUUCACGCUGGAGAAUGUUGAAGAUGGUAUCGAACGAUUGCGUAAUGGGUCACUGGACAUCCUCAUCGCCGACACGCCGAUCCUAGACUAUUACCGCGCAACGGACCACGGCUGUAAACUGCAAAAGAUUGGCGACACGAUUAACGAGGACACUUAUGCCAUCGGGAUGACGAAAGGAUUUCCGCUCAAGGAUAGCAUAUCCGCCGUGAUAGCGAAAUAUUCCAGCAACGGCUAUAUGGACAUCCUGCAGGAGAAGUGGUACGGUGGGCUGCCGUGCUUCAAGCUGGAAACGGAAGUCGCCCAACCGCGUCCGCUCGGCGUCGCUGCGGUAACGGGCGUUUUUAUUCUACUUGGCGUUGGGAUGAUUAUGGGCCUGCUGAUCCUGCUCGUCGAGCAUUUGUUUUUUCGAUACUCGCUGCCGCAUCUGCGUGAGAAACCCAAGGGAUCCGUGUGGCGGAGUAGGAACAUUAUGUUUUUCAGCCAGAAAUUAUAUCGAUUUAUCAACUGCGUUGAAUUAGUAUCCCCACAUCAUGCAGCCCGUGAACUGGUGCAUACAAUUCGUCAAGGUCAAAUCACGAGUCUCUUCCAAAAGAGUAUCAAGCGGAAGGAACACGAACAACGUCGGCGACGCAAGAGUAAGGCCCAGUUCUUCGAGAUGAUCCAGGAGAUACGCAGGCAACAGCAGGAGGAACGGGAGCAACCUCUGGAGAGUGUCGCCGAAGUUGCUGAAGGUGACCUAUCACCAGAAAACUCCCCUGAGGGUCCUGAGAAAAAGGGUAUGCUUAGUCCCAACAUCAUACAGCGAACAUUCAAGCGCACAAGUCCGAAAUUCGACAACACUGCCACGCACAAACCGACGACCAACAACCGGUCGCCGACGUACCUCAACAAACCGUUGAUCUUCAGCCCACGUUCCAAGUCCCGUGCGGCAAGCUCCAGCAGUCUGGCUUCCUCAAGACGUUUUAGUACGGAUAGUGUAUUCAACAGCAACCAUACCAUCAAUCGGAAUGCUGUGGGACGUAGAUUGAGUAAGGAUGCUUCGUAUUUCCUCAACUCCAGCCCACCGGAUAUCAACAGCAGGAGAUCCAGUUAUCUGGAGAUAGUCCCCGGAGCUGCGGGUGCUGGGAAAUUCAAGUCGCCUGUGUUGAGUAUUGAAAACGUCAAUGAACUCACACAUGAAAGAAAACUCUCGGAUGCUGAGAGCAUCGGACGCAAAUUGGCUACGCUUCCAAAGUAUAGAGAUUCUAUUGAUAAGGACCGUCUGGUUCCACAAUGUGGGAGAGAUUUGGGGAGGAGUGAUGAGACUUUAGUUAAGGAUAAAGAUAAAGAAAAAGAAAAAGAAAAGGAAAGGUCUUCAUUGAGCGAUAAUAGCCAAUCGCACAGUUGUAGUAAUCUCCUCAGCCCCCCACCAAUAGGUGGCAGUAAUAAUCAUGAGACUACAAGUCUCACUAGUCCAUUGUCAGAUCCCAAGAGCUCCGAUGAUGAAGCCACGCGUAGAAACAAACAGCUUCACUUAGAGCUACAAAGUCGUAUGGCCGAGAACCGGCGUAAAGAAUUCAAACAAAAUCCACAUAUUCGCAUACAAGUAGAAGAUACAAGUACAACAACCACAGCAACAACUUCAGUAUCAUCAAGCAGACGUCGUGGGCCUGCAGGGAGGAAAAAUAAAAGACAUCAGAGUCUGGGUCAGGAUCCAGAACCAGCGCAUCGUACGAAACUCGGCGAUCAGUCAAAGUCAUUGGAUGCGGAUGUGACGUCGGAGGAUUUACCACUACCACCGGCGCCUCCACCACCGAAUUGCUCACCGCGGAACUCCAACGGGCGAUCGCCGCUGGAACGACUCUCCAAGGAUGAACUGGUGUUGCUGUGGCGGAGCUCCGAGUCGGAACUACGCAGCCAUCUUCUGAAAGCCAUUAGGGAUAAGGAUGAGGUGGCGGAGAAACCGCCUUGAGAAUAAUCCACAACCUCCUCUUAUAAAGAGAGGACGUGAAUAUUUCUCCGGAGAAAAAUAAGAUGCAUAUGAUUCGAGCUCGUUUUAGGUAAUUUGCACCAAGCAACGCCUUCUUUCUGAAACAUAAAGAUGAUGAUGAUAACGACGAUAGAAAUAAACACGUUUAUUUUAGCAUAAUCAAAACAAAACAAAAGAAGAAAAAAUUUUAAGAAAAAAACGUUAAGUAAUAUCAACUGCCAAUUAUGAUUAUUCACUUAUCUAUCUUAUAGAUAAUAAUUAACGAUGAUGAAUUCUAGGAUAAGAACUAAAGUGUCUCUAAUUAACACAAAACAUUCACGAUUUUAAUUCAAAUUACUAAAGAUAAAAGCGUUUUAAAAGUAAACAAAAAAAAAACAACUAGAGUGGUGAUAUUGAAGUCUUAUGCCAGAUCGUAUAUAAAUAUAUAUAUAUUAUAUAAUGUAUAAUUAUUACAAUUACUAUGAUAGAGGUAUCUGAAUAGCGCUGAAUAGGAAAUGAAGAAAAAUAAAAUGAUAGCGUAAUAUCUAUUUAAAAAUAAAAAAGCAACAAAAACUAAACUUUCACUAAUGCGCCACCUUUAGCGAAAAAAAAUGAUAAAUGUUGACUCUAUAAACACAAGAAACAUUCAGACAACUGUAAUGACGUAGAUGACGUUUAUAAUAAUCAGAGGAAUUGAGUUAUUAGUUGUGUACGAAACAUCGAUGCAAACAUUUUCGUUUAGUACACGUACGCGUUAUGAGAAAAUUAUGGUGCCAAAUAUAUAAAAUAUUGAAUUGUAUUAAGAUAUUAUAUACAUAUUAGUAAUGCAGAUGAACACAAUAUUGAGUAAGUUGUAUGGAAAUGAAACAAACACCAAUUGAGAUGCAAACAAAACAAAAAAAAUUUAAAAAGUUCGUUGAGUUGAAUUCAACCGAAACAUGUGUCAAUUGAUGAGAAUUGAUUUUAUCGAAUACAAGAUUCCGUCAGAUUCAUUACCAUUUGUGACACACGACUGAAAAUUGUAUUUUAAGCUGUUUGAGUUGAAAAUUUGAACGAAUCAGAUGAUAUAUUCCAAGAUGGCGGCUCGUUGGACAUUGCACAUUCUACGGUUUGUUGAUUAUAUUGAAGCUGAAUAGUUUAUUGACUUUAUAUAUUAUAUUGACAGCUUUUACAUGAAAACGGUGGCCGGCAGACGCAAAUGAAUGAAGUACAUUUUAAGGGAACAAAGAUAUCUGAACUUUUUCAUUACUCGAUCCGAUACUUACACAUGUUUAUAUGUAUGUAUUUCCGGAUGUUAAGUCGAAUGCAGAUUGAUUAGGAAUACAACUGUAAGCAAAGCAAUAUUUAACACUUUCAGGACUUUGAAUACUAUGAGUUUUUCAUUAUUAAUCUAAGCACAUACAAAACACAAGUGUAUUUGAAGAAAAAAAAAACGUUUUUAAAGUCUAUGUGUUUCAAUAAAAUCUUAAAAAUUGUUAUUAUUCGUGUAAUUCAUGCAUUUUUUGUGUCACACACGUUUGAAACUUGUACAUACUGUAAAUACGUACCAUGAAGUGCAGAGAUAAUUUUUAAUUACCAUUAAAUGUUCAAUUUACUGAAGAUUAAGAUAAAUGAUGUGUCUUGGUUUCGUUUUUGUUUGUGGCGUUCAAAGGCAGCAAUAAAAUGAUUUGAUUUCGCAUUGUUCAACAACUUGAUAUGAAAAUAAAUAAAAAUAUUGUAAUCUCAUUUUGUAAUUAUAUAAAACGGACUAACAAUACUUUAAUUAUUGUUGACAAAUAUAAAUCUAACUAGAAAA